GGGCCAGGGGACGGGCGGGGGGUGAAGAAGGGGCCGGCCUUCGAGCGACAGCGACGCAAGAUGGCAGCCACCACGGGCUCGGGAGUAAAAGUCCCUCGCAAUUUCCGACUGUUGGAAGAACUCGAAGAAGGCCAGAAAGGAGUAGGAGAUGGCACAGUUAGCUGGGGUCUAGAAGAUGACGAAGACAUGACACUUACAAGAUGGACAGGGAUGAUAAUUGGGCCUCCAAGAACGAUUUAUGAAAACCGAAUAUACAGCCUUAAAAUAGAAUGUGGACCUAAAUACCCAGAAGCACCCCCCUUUGUAAGAUUUGUAACAAAAAUUAAUAUGAAUGGAGUUAAUAGUUCUAAUGGAGUGGUGGAUCCAAGAGCCAUAUCAGUGCUAGCAAAAUGGCAGAAUUCAUAUAGCAUCAAAGUUGUCCUGCAAGAGCUUCGGCGCCUAAUGAUGUCUAAAGAAAAUAUGAAACUCCCUCAGCCACCUGAAGGACAGUGUUACAGCAAUUAAUCAAAAAGAAAAACCACAGGCCCUUCCCCUUACCCCCAUUCGAUUUAAGCAGUCUUCAUUUUCCACAGUAGUAAAUUUUCUAGAUACGUCUUGUAGACCUCAAAGUACUGGAAAGGAAGUUCCCAUUCAAAGGCAAUUUAUCUUAAGAUACUGUAAAUGAUACUAAUUUUUUGUCCAUUUGAAAUAUAUAAGUUGUGCUAUAACAAAUCAUCCUGUCAAGUGUAACCACUGUCCACGUAGUUGAACUUCUGGGAUCAAGAAAGUAUAUUUAAAUUGGUUCCCAUCAUAACUGGUGGGGCACAUCUAACUCAACUGUGAAAAGACACAUCACACAAUCACCUUGCUGCUGAUUACAUGGCCUGGGGUCUCUGCCUUCUCUCCUUUCCCUUCCUGCCUCCGUCCCUCCCUGCAACAGCCCUCCAGCUUGGGGGCUUGUUAAGAGUAGAUGCGAUGUGAAGGUUUCAGGUUGCAGCCUGUGGGACUACUGCUGGGUGUGUGGGGUGCUUUGCCUGCACCCCUGGUUUCUUUCUUUAAGUCUUAAAUGAUGCCCCCUUCCAAGCCAUCGUCCCCUCCCCACUCUCCUCCACUCCCCUCCACUCCCGCCCUUGGCCAAAGCAUAGAUUGUAACCCCUCUGCUCCCCUCUGAGAUUGGCCUUCGGUGAGGAAUUCAGGGCUUUCCCCAUAUCUUCUCUCCCCCACCUUUAUCGAGGGGUGCUGCUUUCUCCUCCCUCCUCCUCAAGUCCCUCUUUGCACUGUCAUCACCCAACACUUUCCAUGACACUCCUUGCUUUGGCCAGAAGCCAUCAGGUAAGGUUGGACAGAGUCUCUGACCUCCCUCGUUUAGUUUUGGAACCGCAUUUAUUCACUCCACCAGCCUGGGAAAUGAAUAUGGGGUCCUCAGCCCUGCCACCCUCUGCUGUCAUCAUCAGCUGAUGCGUUUUUUAGCUCAGGUUUUGAUAAGGUGAAAAGAACAGUCACCAGGGUUACUCAGACCUGCCAGCUCUCAGAGUCCUUGGUGGUUAAACUUGGAGAAAGCCCACAUGAAGACACUCCUAAGCACACACGAUCCCUCUGAAUUGUUUUAUUUUCCUGUAAUUGCUUUUGCUAAAUUUAAACAUUGAAGAAGUUUUGAACAGGGCUCUCAUUUGGUCAUCCUUGCAAUCCAUUGGGGUCUAGUUUGGUGUCUGACAACUGGAACAAAAAGAACCUUGAAUUCAGUGCAUACUUUGGUUUUGGUGCUGCUGCUUCUCACGGUCCUCAGCAGGGAUCCAGAAAGAACUGGGUGUGCACAGCAGAUCCCCGAAAUUGGCAGGCUUGACUUCCUGGCAAAUUGCUGCGUUUUUCCACUUUCUGUUCAGGACCACUAAACGCUGAAAUGUGGAUGCAUACCGAAAUAAAAGCAAUUCAUUGUGUA